GCUUUAAAUGCUUCUGAUUCUGAAUCAGAUGUUGUUUCUUUUGAAUACUCAGAUUUUGUUUCUUCUGAACAUUCAAAUUUUAUUUUUUCUGAAAAUGAAACUUUUUCAAGUGAUUCAGAUGAUAAUUUUGUAGAUAAUUUACAACAAACAAUAAAUAAUCUUGGAAAACUUGA